AAGGCAUGAAUCCAAACAAACAUGUUUAUUAUUGUUUCAGAAUCUCUGGCUGCUGGUAGAAAGUUGUUCCUCCGCUUGUUAGAAUUACGAAUACAAUAGGAGUUUAUUGCCUAAGGCACGUGGAGUAAUUGUUAUUGGAAUGGAGAUUAAAGCGCUUCGCGACGUGAUAACAAGCACGGCCAAUUUGAAGCCCAAGGAUAUCACGCUACCCAAGCUUGAAAAAUGUUUACAAUCAAUACAAUCCUGCCCAUUUCCUACGGAAGAGCCAAGCACCGAUAUACUGUGGAAAGUUGCUGUGCAGUACUGUGCCGUACUGACGGAAUUUGCAGUCCAAGGGCUGGUGGAGAAGCAAAACCCAACGGCCGAAAGUGACGAAGUGAUAAACUUACACGAUCAGGCACAAUACCUUACCACGAUCGAUCUUGUGCGCCAAUUCACGCUCCAUCUGUACCUUCCCCGUGAACUGCGUGGCGUAUCCAAAUGUGAAGCCCAGCUGAUGGUGAAGCUAGAAGAGCAGGAACGUGUGCGAAGGCUCACCUACUGCACGGCCCAAUUUCGACGGGUGUUUGAAACGAAACUGUUAGCUCUUCAUCCACGACGAUGUCUAGCAGACACUGUGAUCGAUUUUUUAGCAGCCAGCUAUAGCCUUGCGAAAACUACUUUAAUGCAAAACAAUAGCCUCCCGGCCUUUCCCAGGGAACACAUGUUUAGAAGUUUGCUGGUGAUCAAAGGCUCCCCGGGAUUGCCCCUGGAACUGGCAAAAGCACUACACAACGAUUUGCUAAACCUCACGGGUGAACCGGGUGGCUUUCCUGUGCUCUGUAGGAUCCUGCUUUCCGGCGAUCAAACAAGCGAAAGUGCCCCAUCAUGGCGUAAAGGUGAAGUGAUUGCAAAGAUUGUAUCCAGCAAAGGGCACACGAAAAAGUUCUACCGGCAGGUACUAUCCGACUGCUUCGAAUUCUACCAUUGGGCCGUGCAGCAAGACACCCAAGAGGCGGUAACGUACGCGACCAUCUGCAUCGAAUGUCUCAAGCGAUUUAUGCAACUGCCAGCUCCAUAUCGGGAACUGCAUGCACGCAUCGACGAGUACUUCUUCCGAAGUUUUCGAGAGCUUGCCGCCCCCCAGGAAUUGGUGGCCGGAUGCGUGGUGCAGGAGCGAUUAGGAUUGUUGAGCAAUUUGCUCGAAUGCAACAUGGCUUUUACGGGAUCUACAGUUAGCUCCUUGCCAUCGUCUUUGCUUGUGCCUUAUCUACCGAUCUGCCUAAAGCUGCUGACGAUGCUUCCACCCGCCUGCGAAGGGCACACGUAUCUGCACAAUUUAAUCGUAUUCUGUUUGAGCAAUCGUACGAAACAAGAACUGACAACGAUUUUAAAUUCGCUGUUGCUCAAUCGGAUAGAAGGAGACGUUGGAAAGUAUCAGCUGCAUCCAAGAGUGAUAUACAAAUGCUCUGAAAACGACACCAACUACAGUUUGCAGAUUGGACCCGCUACCAGUGAUCAAGAAUCCGACACAGAAAAUCUACUUCCAAUAUUGGUUGACGUGCUGAAGGCCUCCAAUCGAAACCUGUUGCUGUACGAUGUCUUCCUUACACUGCUUAGCGAGCUAUUGGCAGGCACGUGGACGGGCAGCUCGCACGAACCCGAACCUCUGUUGGAUGGCGUGGAACGUGACACUCUGCUCUGCAAUCGCUUCCACCAAAAGUAUACGCUCAUUCAAUCGCUGAUGGAUCUCAUUAGCCACAAACACUUCCACAGCCAAUUGUACGACAAUCCGAAGGAGGUUUUGACCAUCCUAACCGCAUCGCUAACGAAAGCCAUCGAUACUACGGAGUGUAGUGCCCGACAAAAUUCCGACAUCUUGGAGGUUGUUCUAUCGAUUUUCCAGGAAUUUUUGCAACGCAUCCGCAAUCGGUAUGAUGUGGCCGACAUUUUGAAGCUUCUUCUGCGGUAUCGCAAUUCGGCGAGCUGUAGCGAUGCACUAAAGGUACAAAUCGAUCUACUUUGCCACGGACCAUCGACUUCCGAACACGAUGAUCUCUCAGAAUCGCCCUGCCUGAAUGCGCUUAGUCUCUGUUCGGACCAGCAACCGUACUGCAAGGUGUAUGGAACGACCCUGUUGCUGAAGCUAUUGAAAGAACGCGAUCCCGAAACGAUUGCCCAGCGACAUAAAAUCUUAAUACUUGCACUGGUCAACUUACGCGACGAGGAAAGCUAUGCGUUCCUGAACUCCGUGCGAUUGCUUGUGGCACUUUGCGACGUGCUGGAGGCGGAAGUCGUCGACGAGCUAGUGAAGGAGUAUCUUAAUGAGAGCAAUGAAAUUGAUUAUCGUCUUAAGAUAGGCGAAGCGACGGUUAAGACAGUCGAAACGUUGGGUCCGUUUGCGGUCCGUUAUCGCGAUACGUUGCUGAAUUGCUUCCUAACCGGCACGCGCAACGCUGUGGAUGAGUUCCGCACAUCGAGCCUGUCGAACGUUGGAAGCGUUUGUCGGAUUCUUUCCUACCAGGUGCAUCACUUUUUCUAUGAGCUCUUUACCGGUAUUAAAUCAAUCGUGGAAACGGAUAACUAUCUCCCGGCGAAAAGGGCUGCAAUUUUGGUGCUGUCACAGCUGCUCGAAGGAAUCGAUGGGCUGAUGGACUUUCAGGAAUAUCUACUGUUAAUCUAUAGGUUUUUGAAACAUGUCAUCGCUACGGACAAAGAUGACGUUACCAAGCUGCAGGCGGCCGUUGCGCUGGAUCAUUUGAAGGCAAAGACGAAAGACUUUCUGCAGAUCAAUCCGGACGAGCUGGAGAGGCGUAUGUUUGGGAGAGUGAUCUAAUUUCUUGAAUAUAUACGGUACGAGCGCACGGUA